GAGGCCGGAAAAUGGUGAGAGAAGAAGUUGCAGACUAUGAUAGAGCAAGCGAGUUGAAGGCUUUUGAUGACACAAAGGGCGGUGUCAAGGGACUAGUAGAUGCUGGGGUUACUGAGAUCCCUCGUAUAUUUCAUUUACCACCGGAUUGCUUCGGCAAGAUUAACUCAGUACCUGAUGUUUCUGAUGAAACCGAGUUGAGCACCAUUCCUGUCAUAGACCUCGAAGGCAUCGAGAAAUAUGUAACAAAACGCAAGGAGGUUGUGGAAGCGGUUCGUGAUGCAUCAGAGACGUGGGGUUUCUUUCAGGUGGUGAAUCAUGGGAUCCCUGUGGAUGUUCUGGAGGAGAUGAAGGAAGGGGUACGUAAGUUUUACGAGCAAGAUACAGAGAUUAAGAAAGAGUUCUAUACCCGUGACCCCAUUAGACCGGUUGUGUACAACGCUAACUUCGAUCUAUACCAUGCACCCACUGCUAAUUGGAGGGAUACAUUUAUGUGUUCUAUGGCUCCCAGCCCCCCCAAGUCAGAAGACCUUCCAGCUCCAUGCAGAGAUAUACUGGAAGAGUACUCGAAGCAAGUGAUGAAGUUGGGGAUUUUAUUGUUGGACCUAUUGUCGGAGGCUCUUGGGCUAAACUCGGAGCACCUAAAUGGCAUAGAUUGCGCUGAGGGGCUCAUGGUUCUUUGCCAUUACUAUCCGUCUUGCCCACAGCCAGAGUUGACAUUGGGCGCAACCCAGCACGCUGACAAUUCCUUUCUUACCGUGCUUCUGCAAGACCAGAUAGGUGGCCUCCAAGUUCUUCACCAGGACAAGUGGAUCCACAUCCCCUCCGUGCCUGGGGCUCUUGUUAUCAACAUUGGAGAUCUUCUACAGCUUAUAACAAAUGACAGAUUUAAGAGCGUUGAACACAGAGUAUUGACAAGCCGGUCAAGUUCAAGAGUGUCUGUGGCAAGCUUUUUUUGCACAGGUCUUCGGCCGACCGCAAAAGUUUACGGGCCCAUCAAGGAGUUAUUGUCAGAAGACAAUCCUCCAAAGUAUAAAGAAACCACGGUUAGAGAGUAUUCUACCCACUACAAGAACAAAGGCCUUGAUGGGACUUCUGCGCUGCUUCAUUUCAGACUUUGA